CCACCCACAGUAUCUUUUAAACACAUGCAGGCAAGCGUUAGCUACACGUAGAAAACGCCUCAACAGCUCCAUUUGUAUGAAAAGAUGCUUGAGUCGCUUUACCUGCUCAGUGUAGUUUUUUAAACACGGGAACGCGCCUGCGUGCUCGCGCUCUUUAACAAACAGGUGCGCUCAGCUCACAAGAGGACACACAACAGCAGUGGGGUGAUAUGACGGAGACGGCAGAGACAAUCAACAUGGAGGACUUCUUCAAAACGGUGGGGGAAGUGAGAAGCCUCAUUGAAAAAAUCUCCAGCCAAGCAGAAGAGGUGGAGAAGAGACAUGGCGUCAUCCUUUCCACUCCAAACCGAGACAAGGGAAAAAAAUACGAGCUGGAGCAGCUGAACAACGACAUUAAGAAAAACGCCAACUUGGUCCAAGCCAAGUUGAAAUCAAUGCAGGAGAACCUGCCAGUGGAUGAAAACAGUAAAAGACCAUCAGUAAUUCAGCGUAUUCAGAAGACACAGCACUCACACCUGACCCGGUGCUUUGCUGAAGUCAUGAGGGGACACCAUAAAGCACAGGUCUCCUUCAGAGAGAAGUGCAAGGCACAAAUCCAGAGACAGCUGGAGAUUGUGAAUAAAGUGACUACAGAUGAGGAGCUGGAGGAGAUGCUGCACCGUGACAAUCUUAGCAUCUUCAUAUCUGAUAUCAACUCUGACACUCGGAUUUCAAGCCAGGCUCUGAGUGAGAUUGAAUCCCGUCAUCAGGACAUCGUCUGCCUCGAGUCCAGCAUCAGAGAGCUGCACGAGAUAUUUGCUGACACAGCCAUGUUGCUGGAGAUUCAGGGGGAGUUGAUCAACAACAUAGAAAAGAAUGUGACAAGUGCUGCAGAGUAUGUAGACAUGUCCAAAGCGGAAACCUAUAAAGCAGUCACGUACAAGAAAAACCCAUACAAGGUAGCAUCUCUCCCGAGUUUCUUCAAGCCUUUCAAAAGGAAAACCACGGCUAAAACUGCUACUGAUCAAAACACCUCAGACUUAAACCAUGACUGAGCUCCUGAACCUGUUUGAACAGCGACUGCACCAAACAUCCUGAUCAACAUCAAAGCCCACGCUCGCUGGAACUGUACUUUUCAUCUGAUUUAUUGUACAGUUCCUGUCCGCCCCCUCAAACGCCUUCUAAGGGAUAAUGAAGAAGCUGUUAUUUUUAACGAAGUGAGUUUGAACUGGCGUGAUAACAACCUGUCAACUGAAAGUUGUCAAGAUGCUGUGGACGAGCCCUGCGAGCCGGCCUCUGAGGCUAACUGUGGACUGUCAAAAGAACAAAUGCAGCAUACAACCUAAAAAAAAAUUUGAAUUUUAACUUAGUUGUCAAUCAAUGUUUACUGACUCUCAAUCCUGACACUUUAGGUGUCAAAUAUGGCAUUGCAAUAAUACAAAACAUUUUUAAAACACUAACUCAAGCUACCUUUUUAGAUGUACAAAUCCUUCUGGAUUAAUCUAUUCGUUAUUCACUCAUUCACAGUUUGCUGUUGUUCACCUGAGUGGCCAGUAGGUGGCAUAACAACAUUAACAACUCUGAACCAGCAUCACUUAACCUUCCUUUCUCUCUGCAAAACGCAAUAUAAUCUAAUGCCAUCAUGUUUAAUAUGCAGAGUGAAUUGUCUGUAAUGUUUGUAAUGUUUCUGUAAGACCAUGAAAAUCCAAAAAUAAACCUAUGUGCUACUUUA